GCAAUAUGGCAGCCUCCAGUGUUAGUAAAUAACUGAACGAAUGAAUUUAUGUUUUCAAAUUUAAAAGAAUAAUUAGGCCCUAAUCAAAACAUUUUUUGGUUCUAUUAAUAAUUGUACAGAUAUUACAAAUGGCAGCAACUACAAUUCGAAAUAUUGCACCAAUCUUAUCAGGAUUAAGAAACCUGAGAUGUGUAAAAUCUAUCAGAUUUAACCAUUUGUCAGCCAGAUGCACAGCACCAUCUUUAUAUUAUACACCAUCUACUAUAUCAAUCAGAGACUAUGCUACCAAGAAAGCUAAGAAAGAAAAAGCAGCUAGUAAAGUAGCCAAGAAGAAUGUACAUGUAGCUGAAUUAAGUGAAGCUGAUAUGGAGGGUGUUUUAGAUAAACAGAAACUAGAAAACGACAUGAGAUCGGUUUUAGAAGAAUUACAUGAUCAGUUUAUACAUCAGUUAACUGUACGCACAAAUCCAGGUGUAUUUGAGGGGUUGGUAGUAGAAACACCGGAUGGGAAGUUUCCAUUGAAUCAUAUUGCACAAAUAGUAUUAAAAAAUCCUUCGUUGUUAUUAAUUAACCUGUCAUCCACACCUCAGUAUAUAUCAGCUGCUGAAGAAGCUAUAAAAAAAUCAGGAUUGAAUGUUAAUCCACAGAUAGACAGCACUACAAUAUUUAUACCUUUACCCAAAGUAACUAAAGAACAUAGAGAAAACUUAGCCCAUAAUGCUAAAACAUUAGCAGAAAAGUCAAAAGUCAAAUUACGAGAUGUGCAUGGAAAAUAUGUGAGAAAAAUAAGAGCAUGUAAAGACAGCCAUUCAGAAGAUUUAAUACACGAUUUACAAGAAAUGGUAUUAGAUAUGAUGCAUUCUCAUACACAACAGAUUGAUGCACUGGUUCAUGCUAAAAAGAAAGAUUUACUUGGUGAAAAAUAGUACUAUUUUCUAGCAAAUGAAUUUUAUUUUAUUUUCUUGCUAACCUGUAUAUAAUUUUGGGCUAUGAGAAUAUAUCUUGUUAUUAGUGAUACUAAUCAUGAUGAACUGAUUUGAAAUAUUACUGGAAUAUUAUUGUGUGAAUAUGGACUGAUUAAUUGUUAGAAGAGUAUAUGAAUACAGUAAUGACUGGAAACUAAAGGUGCUGCAAUUACCUUCUUGUAUUUUGCAGACUCAAUUAAAUAUAUUAAUAAACUACAUUUGGAAAUGUUCUUAUUGUCAAAUCUCCAAAUGCUACUGGGCAAACAAAAGAAGAUAAUCACAAAAAAAAGGAAAUCUAAACUAAAGUAGACAGAUCACCCAUAGUAGUGAUGCUGUAUCUGAGAUAAUCUAGCUCACAGAGAAUACAUCAAAUUAAAUACAGAUGUCCAUACAUAGACCAAAAUAUUGUCUGAAGGAUUUAUGUUGCUAUUACAUGUCUAGCCUUGUGGGUAUGUCGUUUUACUGCCAGUAGUUUGUCAUUUUAGUCACUUCAAUAAAGAGCCCUGUAUGCAAGGAAACGAAUGAUCAGUAGGCUUACAAAAUUAAUGAAAUAAUUAAGUUGCGUGGAUAUCAACUUCCCUUUAGGCAGGAAUGUUCAGAUGAUGUAAGAAUUUUUGGGACAAAAAAAUAGGGGUAGAAGUUUAUUUUUUUUCUGCUUAAACAUACAUUAUGCAAGAGGUAAAUCUGCCAAUUGCAGGUCUCUCUUCAGGCCUGAAAUGUUAUCUAAAUUAUUAAUUAGACAUUAAUUAACUUAUCCAGACCAUAAUCAACUCUCGAUGUAAUCGCUAGCCUGCGAUAUUUACUGGAUUAUAAUCUGAUCUGCUGCUCAACGCUUAUUCAUGAUUAAAUCAAAAAAUGGAUAAUCAAGACUAUGUUUUUUAUCGUAACGAGGCUAAGCCCAAAAUUCAAUUACUAAAUUCUCGGUUCAGCAAAUUCAGUUUACAUUAUCUAGUUUUUAACUAUUAUAGUGAGAACUGCCAGCUCUUUAUCUAAUCUCCCAUAAUGUAUCUAAUUAAAAUUCAACAAUAUCUUGAAUGAAGAUUAUGUAGAUUAAACAGAAAGGAUAUCAAGUUCAUCUGUUCAUCAAUUCUAAAUGGUGUAUCAUUUAAACUGGUAAAAAAGAUCAUUGUAAAGUUUUUUGGGUUUUUUUGUCAUUGAAAAACAAUUUGUACAAAACCUUUUUGUUUAGGGGUUUGACCUUGGGAUGAGAUCUCUUACAGUAUACAAAUAUGUCAAAAUAUUGAAUAUUCUAAGUAAAAAAUUGUGAAAUAUAUCUGUAUGAAUUAACAAUAAAUACAUAUAGUAAUAUAGUAUUGAUUAAAAAUGUAUAUCCCUAAUAGUAGCUAUUCUAAUUACAUAACCAUUGAUUGACUCAAGUUUACUUUCUGGUACAUUUUAAUGAAUUUUAAUAAAUCAAGUCUUAAGUAAUAAUAAAUACUAUCAGCUAAAAAUUCAAGAUUUAAAUUUUUAAAAAAAGAAAAAUUUGACCAGCACAAUUACUUGUACUUGAUAUAAUAUAAAUAUAUGGAAUAAGAAUGAAAGUGCUAAUAUGCCUUAUUAAGUGAUGAGUUGUGAGUAUUUGCCCAAGUCAAAAUUGGUAUCUACACAGAUAAGAGCUAAUGUUGAGAUUUUGAUUUUCACUUUAAUCUAAUAAUAUAAUUAAAAUUAGUAAACAAACUAACAUCCGCCAUCAUAAAUCUAAAUAACAGGUAAGUCUAAAUCACUGAAUCUUGAUUUAUAAUUAUAAUAUAAUAAAUAUCAGGUUUGCUUCAUCUUGAUGACUAUCUAUUUUUUGUCUCGUUUAAAUGUAGCUUUUUCCAAACCCAUCAUUGGUGCCUCAAAGACCAGUGAUACUAUAAAUACAGGGGCGGAUUGGGCCAUCGUCGGGCGAUUGGGCGAUAGCCCAAAGGGCCGGUCGGCCAAAGGGCCGGUCGAACAAAAGAUGAAAAAAAAUAAUUUUGUUCAAUUCGUCUAAAAAACCUUUUCUGCUGAACAUUAUAUGGGAGGGGGGGGGGGGGUAUUGGACCGGCCAUGGAGCGAUGAUGAUCAUGAAUCAUGUUCUAUGUGGCCGGUGGCUUUAACGGGCCGCCACGCCAUCACUGGAAUCUGGAUUGGGCUGGUAUAAUAGACUUUCUGGGCCGGGUGUGGGCUGGAAUUCGGAAUCCUGCAAUGGGAUUCCGAAUUUCAUCCGAAAAUUUCAUCGGAUUCACCCGACACUGUCACCAGAAACGUCUGCCGAUGGUUCGUAACUCCCCAAACAAAAUUCAAUUUUAAGGCCUUGGCAAAAUUUGAUGAUAGCUGGUCUUGACGAUACGAUGAUAAUACGUUAAUUAAUAAUAUGACGAUAUGAUAAUUUCACAGGUUGAUGGUUGUAAAUUACUGCAGGUCGGGGUUUUGGCCUAAAUUAAUCGAUUUAUGAGAUAUAUUAUUUGACAGAGAUUAUAAUCAGAUAUGCCACCAAAUCGCAUAUUUGGGGUUCAUUUUUCAAAAUUUUCAUGGGGGAGAGCCCCCGGAACCGCUCCGACACGGGAGUCCGGGCCGGUUCCCGGUCCCAAUCCGCCCCUGGGUAGAUAUCCACAGUGUAUACUAUAUAUAUAUAUAUAUAUAUUGCUUGAUUUGUUAUUUUAAGCUAUAGUUGUAUAGUUUGGCUUCGGCUUCCAUUUCCUAGAUAUUAAAUUGUGCCUAUAUAUAUAUUGGCAUGCACGUUAAAGAUCAAUUGGCAGUUGGAAUUUGAUAAGAGUAUAGGCUGUAGUGCGGCUGUCCGGGCAAAAUUUCUCUCAUAGCACACUGUAUGGUGUAUGUCCGUCUUCAUUAGCCCAGCUGGAGCAGAACAGUAGGAUGUUAAACACAUUUCAUUUCAUUUCGCAUAUCUUAGGCCUACAUAUAUGUAUAAAAAUUAUAAUCACCCAUCUUUGCCAGACCUUAAUGAAUAUAUAAAGACUGGGUGACAAGUGACUUCAGCAUAAUGUCCCCACACCAGUUUAGUACUUAUUAGCUUUGAAAAAAAACCCCAGACAGAUUCUGAAAUACAGAUUCUGAAAUACGGUACCUCUAGGCCUACCUUUAAUUCCUUAAUGAAAUAUCAACAUUAUUUUGUAAAUGAUGUCAUUGGAGAUUUAGAAAUGAGUAGGUGGGUCUAAAUAAUUUUUCGGAGUCUGCAUGGAUAAUAUAUUCUAGGACUUCCACUUUAAGAGUUAUAUUGCAUUAUGACCUUAUGUGCAUGGUCAGAUUAGGAAAAACAUCACACCAGGCCGGGACUUAAGAAUUAUAUUGUAACGUGACCUUACAAUGGAAGUCAGAUUUUAAAAAAAAAAAACAUACAUAGGGCUGGGAUGCCUACUUUAAGAGUUAUUUUGUAAUGUGAACUAAUGCUGUCAUAAAAAAAAACCAAUACAGGUGAUUAUGUAUAACUGUCAUAUGAUUUGUGUAGGUUUGUAUCUGUCUAUAUUUAGAAUUUUAGGGUCAAUAAAUAGGUUUAAUGUUGAGAUACAACUUAUUCUGCAUUCAAGGUCUACAAUAACAAAACUAAAAUUAGCAUAAAGAAACCGAUUUUUGUCCUGGGUCAUUUUAACAAAUCAGGAUAAAUUCACCCAAUCAACAUGUAUUUACCAAAUUUCAUUAUGAUAAUAAUACUAAUAAUAAUAAAAACUUUAUUUAUGAGGAAACUUAUUUAGUUUGCAAAAAAAACCCUAAUCUUCCAUAAGUCUCUCCUAAGCUACAAAGACAUAGGCCUAUACAUGAAAUAUCAGGAUAAAUUCAAAAUCAUUUGAAAUGCAAUAGCAUUUUAAAGUGAGAAGUUUGGCAAGUAACCCACGAGGUUGGACAGGUGACCCUACUCUUUGUCACGUACAACCGUGGAAUCGAAACCCCGCCAGUUGACUCAAUGACAGACUUUAUGAUACAGCGCACACAUGCUAACCAUAUAGCCAUCCAACCCCCCUUACUUUUUGAAAUCCAUCAAGAGUUUAGAAGAAAUUGAAAAUAAGAGAAAUGAUGACAUAGCUUCUUCGACUAAAACCGCCUUGUGGUGUAAUAUUUGGAUACCCCCAAUUGGUCUUGUCCUUAUUUAGUUUUCUUAUAUGUUUAUUUAUUUUUAUUGCAUAUUUUAUUGAAUUGUAUUGUACAGCGCAUCUGAACAUGUUUUGUGGAAGAUAGCACUCUAUAAAUGUUAAUAAUAAUAAAAUAAUAAUAUCAUCGAAAUUUUGUCCACAGCCUAUAAACCAAAGUUUUUAACCCUUUUGAUCCCAGAGUUCCCUGUGAAAGUUUCCUAGGAUUUUCCAAUGUGGUUUACCCUAGUUAGUGGUGCAGUGUCUAGUAGUAGUAGCUUGGAUGACCUGAAAAACCAAAUAUCGGUGCACUUUGGCAUGCAAGUAAAAGAACCUUUGACAGUUGGAAUUCGAAAAGAGAGUAUGCCAUUGUGCUGCUGUUCGGGCAAAAUUUCCCUAAAAGCAUACUGCAUUGGCCUGAUUGGUGCAGAAAAGUAAUAAACCCCACUUUCAUUUCAUUUUAGAUUUAUAUUUAAAAAAUGUCAAUAAAAUUCAUACACAUGAGUGACAAGUUGACAACUAAUAUAACACAUAUAGUCAUUAUACAAUAUCCAUGUUCUAAGGAAAAGUCGUAAAAAAUAAAUUUGUACAUGAUGCAAUUUGAGGCAUUGUUUACAAAUUAAUAUUUCUGGCAAGUCUGUAUGAAUAACAGUAAAUAUAUAUAGUACUGAUUAAAGAUAUAUAUCCUUGAUAGUGGUGAUUUUAACAAUAUAAACAUGGAGUGGAAAACAUAUCAAAAAUGUUUGUCACCGAAAGCAGUAUAUCUUUUGAAAUACUUUUUGUUAAUCUACAAAUUUCAACACAGGUGCUGUUAUAUGUAUUACACUUGCAAGGUGGUGAAUGAACAAGUGUUAGCAUUCGAGCAAUAUAAAGGAUUAACAAGAGCAUCGCUAAUGCUGCAAUAUACGUCCACAUUAUUGCUUUGAUUGAUAUGGUACUCUUUAAAAUGAAGAGAAUGAAAUAGCUGUAAUA